AGAGGAGUCACGUGUGUUGUUGAGGAGUCAGCUGACAGUGAGACAUCAUAAAGGCAUCAACCAGCAGCACCGCCUGCAUUGCAGCACUCACCACAGCUCUACUUCAGCCUCCACAGAGAAACACACACACAGACCAGCCGGAAAACAACGCAGUCAUGCUGCUCCUCACUCUACUGUUCGUGUCUGCAGCUGUAGCGACCCCUCUGCUGGGCACUGAGCAGUGUGCUCGUGGCCCCCCCUACUGGUGUCACAAUGUAAAGACGGCGUCUCUGUGCGGAGCGGUGACUCACUGCCAGCAGAACGUCUGGAACCAGCCCCAGAUGAAAUCAGUGCCAUGUGACUUGUGUAAAGAGGUGUUGAUCGUGGUGGAGCAGAUACUGAAGGACAAUGCCACUGAGGCUGAGGUUCUAGGGUACCUGGAGAAGGCCUGCCAGCUCAUCCCUGAUGCAGGGUUGACCGCAGAGUGCAAGGAGAUGGUGGAUAGCUACUACCCCAUCCUCAUGGGAAUCAUUAAAGGAGAACUGGAGGAUCCUGGUGUGGUGUGUGGAGCCCUCGGGCUGUGUGUGACUCAGCAGGCAGCCCUGGCUAAGGCUCAUUCCCAGGAGCAGCUCAUGUCCAAUGAAAUCCCUAUGGUGGACCUCGCCCAGAAAGUAUCUCCCUUCCUCCUCAAUGUGCCCCAGCUCCUCUAUCCUCAGGAGGCCCCCAAACAAGAGAGUCCAAAGAAGGAAGAUGCUGAUGUGUGCGAGGACUGCAUCAAGUUGUUGACUGAUGCUCAAGCAGAAGCCAAGGCCAACACCUCAUUUGUCGACUCUCUCAUUGAGAAUCUUGAGAACCAGUGUGACCUGCUGGGGCCAGGCUUGUCUGCAAUGUGCAAGCAGUAUAUCAGCCAGUAUGGUACCCUCGUUGUUCAGCAGCUCAUGUCCAUGGAACAGGCUCCCAAGGAUAUCUGUACCGCCGCUGGCUUCUGUUCUGCUAUGAAGAAAUCCGUUCCCAUGCUGAAGCUGCAGGCUGCCAAGAUUUUAACUGCUGCCAAGGUUAUACCUGCUCUCAAGCUUGUCCCUGCCACCAAGGUUGUGUCUGCCACUGACAAGUCUGCUAAGCCCAUGGUGCGUGUCCGUGAUUCCCCAAAGUGUGCCAUCUGUGAGUUUGUGAUGAAACAGUUGGAGGAUAUGCUGAAGGAUCAGAAAACAGAGGAGGAGGUGAUUCAAGCUGUGGAGAAGGUGUGCACAUUUCUGCCCGCUUCUCUGAGUACCCAGUGUAAGGACCUGAUUGAGACCUACGGCCAGGCCAUCAUUGAGCUGCUGGUGCAGCAGGCUGACCCCAAGACUAUCUGCACAGUGUUGGCACUCUGCAAUGAAGGCAGCCGUACAUUUGUCCCUGCACUCGACCAGACUCGCUAUAAGGCUGGUGGCUACUGCCAGGUUUGCAAGAUGGCCGUUAGCUACAUCGAUGGAAUUCUGGAGAAGAAUGCAACUGAGGCCCAGAUUGAGGAGGCUGUGAGGAAAGUAUGCAGCUUCCUGCCCGACUCUUACCAGACUCAGUGUGACCAGAUGGUUGAACAGUAUGAACCAAUGCUUAUCCAGCUGCUUCUCCAGAUGCUCGACCCAGACUUCGUGUGCAUGAAAUUGGGAGCCUGUCCUGAAGCUGUGCGCAGGCUGCUGGGAACAGAGCAGUGCAGCUGGGGACCUGACUUCUGGUGCAAGAACAUGGAGACAGCAACUCGAUGCAAUGCUGUGGAUCACUGCAAACGCCAUGUGUGGGUAUAGAGCAAGAGGAAGCACAAACUGACCUGUAGGGAAUUAAAAGAAACAAUACUGUAGUGCUGCUUGCCCCUUUUUAAUUUUUGUCCUGUUUUCUUUUUUAAUGACUGGUUUUGUUUAAAUUAACUUUGAUAUUUUGAAUAAUGUCAUGGUGGAAAGGGACUGGACAUUUGUUUUGUUAUUUCUGGGGGGGUGGGGCAGGGGAGGAGUGAGGUGUAUAGUGGUCUGCAGCUCAGCUUGUCGCUGCUUCACUGAGCAGAAGUCACAAAACUUCACUGUCGGGUUUUGUGCAGAUUUGCAUCAUGUGGGUUGUACUUACCGAUGUUGCUUUCUGGGUGUGGUUUAUGUGAGAACACAAAUUGUAUAAUGUUGACACUGCAUCAGGUGGCUAUUCUGAUGGGUCCCCCCCAUCUGUAUUUGAUUCCUUCUCCCUGUAGGAACUGAUUGCAAAUGGGAGAGACCGACCACUCGGUGUGUUAAGAAUGACUGGCAUUACUUUUAACAGUAUGUCUGAUCCUUAAACAAAUUUAUAUUUCGUAGAGAGUAAAUGUGCGUUCUUGUUUUAAGGAGCUGAUAUUGAGGUAAUUGGUCUUAGAGUGUACCUCCCACUCACCUCCCAUUGUUUGGACUCUUCCUACUGUUUGUAAAUCACUGUUUCUAACGUACAGAGAGAUCUCAAAUUCGAUUGUCAGCCUCAAAACUGAUCUGUAAAUUUUUAACAAUUAAAGUGAUCCCAAUCCA